UGAAUUCUCUCAAGUUAUUUCCAAGUUAAAGUCCAAAAUAAAACUACUACAGUAUAUUAAAUAAUUUGUUAGUGAGAGUGAGAUAAACGUACGUAAAAGUAUGGCGACGUGGGAGAGUGAUAAAUUUUCGGAUCAUUUAAAUUCCGUUGGUAUUGAUAAUAAUUUUGAUGGUGUUCUUAUAACACAUGAUUUACAGGAUUGUUUGGAUGACAGUCUUGAUCUUUCAAAUUUUGAUAAAGUUUAUGAUCAAUCGGUUAUUUCAUUUAAUAACGAUAAUGAAAAAUAUAACGAUGAAGAUGCCUCUUAUAUUUCGAAAUUGUCUGAUGACAGCUCAGGAUAUAUACAUCAUACAAUCAGCCCAAAUGAAAUUUAUAUGCGAAUACAUCCAGGACAAGAUGAUUUUAUGCCGGACGAUCCAUCUCAUGCAACUAUUACUAUCGAGAGUACUGAUCCAGAUACCAAUCAAAAACACAUUAGUCGUUAUGAAUGUAAAUAUGACGGCUGUUCACGUACAUACAGUACUGUUGGUAACUUGAGGACUCAUAUGAAAACACACAAAGGUGAAUUUCGUUUUAAAUGUGCUGAACCAAAUUGCGGCAAGGCUUUUCUUACAUCCUACAGUCUUAAAAUUCACGUACGAGUACAUACUAAAGUUAAACCAUUUGAAUGUAAUCACAAUGGCUGUGAAAAAGCAUUCAAUACUUUGUAUAGACUACGAGCACACCAAAGAUUACACAGUGGUAAUACAUUUAAUUGUGAAGAAACUGGAUGCGUUAAAUUUUUUACAACACUAAGUGAUCUUAAAAAACAUACACGCACUCACACUCAAGAACGACCAUACAAGUGUAGAGAAAAAGGAUGCGGAAAAGCAUUUACUGCAUCGCAUCAUUUGAAAACUCACAAGAGAACUCAUACUGGAGAAAGACCUUACACGUGUUCGUAUGAUCAUUGCCAAAGAUCAUUUACUACUCCGCAUAGUUUAAAAAGCCAUAUGAAGACACAUAAAAAAAUUAUCGAUGGAGAGACACGAAAAGAUGAAUUGUCGACCAUGAAAUCCGUAAAUGAAACAAAACCUUCAGCUUCAGCUAUAUUUACUUUAAUUAAUAGUAAUAAUACAAAUAUGCCGUAUGAAACAAAUAAUAAUAAUAAUAAUAAUAAUAAUAAUAAUAAUAAUAAUAAUAAUAAUGAAAUCGAAAAUAAUAAUACAAUAUUACAUAUCGAUUCUUUGAAUGAUAAUUUAAAUUUCGAUUUGCCAAAUCCAAAUAUAGAACAAAUAAAUAGUACAAAUAAUAUAUUAGUAGAAACAGGAUUUUUAACAAAUGAUAAAAUAAUUGAUGAUCAUUUGACCAAAGAUAAUUUUAAUAAUAAUGACACAUAUGAAAAAUUAAAUAUUUUUAUAGAUAAUAUUUGUGUACAAGAUAGAAAUAAGCUAGACCAAUUGGUAUUGUCUACUGAUACUUUAUUGGAAAGUUCAGGAAAACCAAAUUCUCCACCAUUAAAUUUAGAACAAAAAAUAAUACGCGAUGGUAUACAAAAUACUAUUGAACAAUUAACUGAAAUAUCAGAGACACAGGAUAAUAUUUUUGAUAAUUUAAAAACAAAUAAUAAUAACAAUAAUAAAAAUAUUGACAUUAACAAAUCAUGUCAAUUGUUUGAUGAAGACAAUUUUCAGGGACUUAAUUUUCCAACGAGUGAAACAAACUUAUUACCUCAAAUAAUUGAUAACGAACAUCAAUCAGAGGCAGUUGAAUUAGCGAUUGCAUCUGAAGAAGAGAUUCCAUCACCUUGGAUUGAUGUUAUGGCAUUAGAAGCAGCACCACCGGCAUUAAGAACAGAAUCUUGGGAACAAGUUAAUGCAUUUCCUACUGCUGUUCAUUCACUUGUUGAUUUAAUUGGUCCAGAACCAUAUCCGCUUGAAUUAAAAAAUAAAUUAGAGACUACAGAAACUGUUAAUAAAAUAACAACUGAAUUUACAGUAUCACCAAAGAUAACUACUGUUAAUGAAAAUAAUAGUAUUACAAUAAAAAGUACCAAUAAAAUUAAUAAUAAUAAUAAUAAUAAUAAUAAUAAUAAUAAUAAUAAUAAUAAUAACAAAAGUGAGAGAAAUAUAUUGCAAGAAAUAACAGCUGAUGCAGAUAUAUGUAAGUGCAUUGAUUGUAAAUGCAAUGAAACAAAUAACUGUCAAAAUUGCUCUACAGAAUUGUCGGAUUUUAAUAAAAAAAUAGACGAUUUACCAGAGCUAAAUAUUGUCAAUGAAAUUGUUGAAUGUUUACAGCGUCAAUGUGCAGGUGAUAGUAAUGUAUCUGAUGAUAACAGUGAAUCUUGCUGUGUUGUAAUAUGUUUAAAAACAUUGCAAAAACUCCAGCGAGUAUUUAAACAAAAUUGUUGCAGAGAAAUAGAACGAACUGGGUGUUGUAAUAAACAGACUGAACGUUCUAAUUUAUCGUUUACAAUUGGUAAAAGUCAGUUGGCUAAUAAUCAGUAGAAAUAUUUUUAUUGCGAUAAAUAAUUACUAGUCAAUUUUAUAAUGAGCUUAUGACUUACUUUAUUGAUUAUUAUUGAUGGUCGUGAAUUAGGGUGGUCGUUAAAAAUUAAAUUUUCUCAGAAACCCCAUAAAAAGCUUCUUUUUAGUAAAAAAAACACGUGGGUAAUUUAGUUCUUUCUUUUUAAGUAAAAGAGCACGUGCUUCAAGACGAUCAUCAGGAAAUUCAUUUUUCAAUACAAUCGCGGUUUUUUUUUUAAAUAUCUCAUGAAAUAUGCAGAUUAAACGAAAAAAUCAUAGGAACAAUUUUGUAGGAAAUUAAAUUUUUGACAAAAAAGGUCAUGUUUAUUUUUUUGUAGAAAAUGUGAUUUCACUCUAGUGUGAAUGUAGCGGACAUCAGACGAAUUUAAAACUAUGAAUAAAUAGAGUAAAUAAUUUUCUGUAAAUAUUAUUUUUUAA